AUGUCAUCCAAGCCAUGUCUGAUGAAAAAUAAUGACAACAAAGCUCUUGACAGUGAUUUUAAUGAUAUUCUUGGUAGAAGUCUUAGUGAUAUUUUUGACAAAGACUUUAACAACAACCAUAUAUUAUAUGAAAUAACUCUAGUUAGUAAUAAUUCAGCCACAUUAACAGUUGGUCAAACUUUUGCUGAAUGGUGUGAUGUUGAGCAAUAUGUUAAUGCCUAUGCAAUAAAGCAAGGCUUUGCAACCAGAUUAAAUCACACAGAAAAAAACUAG